AACAAUCAGCCAGCCAGCCAGUAGAGGGCUUAAGCUGACAGCUUUGCUAACAUUUUGCUACUUUUAAUUCUUGUUUAGAACCUUUUUUUGUAUACUCUACCUUUGAUCUUCACCAAUUUAUAACUGUUUUGUGAUUAUUGUGACAAUAAUAAAGCUACAGCAUUGUGGAUUAGCCUUUAAUUACCAUUAUUCUGUUAAAUAGAAUAUGGUAAAAGAUGGACGACAAUGUUCAAGACAUUUGUCGGGUCUGUCGAUCAGAAGGAUCUUCAGACAAACCUCUGUACCAUCCUUGUAUAUGUACUGGAAGUAUAAAAUAUAUUCAUCAAGACUGCUUAGUGCAAUGGUUGAAGUACAGCGAAAAGGAAUAUUGUGAACUAUGCAACUACAGGUUCUCCUUCAUACCAAUUUAUUCUCCUGAUAUGCCCAAAAGGCUACCAAUUCAUGAUAUUGUUACUGGACUAUUAGGAAGUUUAGCAACCGCUGUUAAAUAUUGGAUUCAUUAUUCAAUCGUGGCAAUAGCUUGGUUAGGCAUUGUACCUUUGACAGCCUAUCGUAUCUAUCGCUGUUUAUUUGCUGGUUCCUGGUCUUCAGUUUUAUCACUUCCUUCAGAUUUGCUCAGUACUGAAAAUAUUGCUACAGAUGGUUUCUAUGGGUGCUGUCUAAUUAGUUGCACUCUUUGUGCCUUUCUUAGUCUCGUAUGGUUACGAGAACAAAUAGUGAGAGGUGGAGGUCCUGAAUGGCUUGAGCCUCCAGCCGAAGUUUUCCCACCUCCUCGUAAUGUGCCCAAUCGUCCGCAAAAUAUUCCAGAUGAGCCCGGCAUAGGAUUAAAUAAUAAUGUCAACAAUAAUAAUGUUGGAGAAAAUGCCGAGGAAUCUGAAGGGGAAGAAGAACCUCAUGAAGAAGACAAUCUUCGUGCUGUUGAAGCAGCAAUAGAAGCAGCUAAUGAUGUUGCUCCUCUUCUUGGUGAUCCUGACGCUGAUGUUGGAGAAGAUGCAGAUCCGGCAAGAAUUGCUGCUCAAGAGGAAAUAAAUUGGAAUCCCGUAGAAUGGGAUCGAGCUGCUGAAGAUCUCACUUGGGAAAGGAUUCUAGGAUUAGAUGGUUCAUUAAUAUUUUUUGAACACGUUUUCUGGGCCAUUUCUCUCAACACCUUAUUUGUUCUUAUUUUCGCAUUCUUUCCUUUUCAUGUUGGUGCUUUAGCUGUUAAAAGUUUAGGAUUAUUAGACACCGUGUCUGCUACUAAUUUCGAAGGUCUCGUCACUACUCUUUUCGGGUACAUUAUCAUCAGCAUAGCUCUAGUCGUCUUACAUUCUAUUGCUGCACUGUUGAGAUUCAGAAAGACACAAAAAUUAUUAGGUCUGUCCUAUGUGGCAGUGAAAGUUGCUCUCCUUUUUGUCUUUGAGAUUGGUGUUUUUCCUUUAGUAUUCGGAUGGUGGUUCGACAUUUGCUCAUUACCUAUCCUUGGGGCUUCUCUUUCUGAUCGAGAGACCGGCUUACGUACAGCCCCAGGAACUUCCAUGUUUAUUCAUUGGCUAGUUGGAAUGGUUUAUGUCUUUUACUUCGCUUCAUUCAUGUACAUAUUAAGAGAAGUUCUACGCCCUGGUGCCCUUUGGUUUCUAAGAAAUCUCAAUGAUCCUGAUUUCAAUCCCAUUCAAGACAUGAUUAAUCUAUCAGUUUUUCGGCAUAUAAGAAAAUUCGUUGCAUCUCUUGUCAUUUUUGGCACAACAGUUCUUUUAUUGGUUUGGUUUCCUGUUUGCAUCAUACAGAAAUUCCUACCUGGAUUUUUGCCUUAUCAUGUCUUCCAUUCGAGUUUUUUUAUUUUUUUCUCCUUCGUAUCGCCCGUUUACAGCAGCAACGAAAAUCAAGCCAAUGAUAUCUCUCUAGAAUUUCUUAUUCUACAAUUAAUAUUACCAGCAUUGUUGGAUCACACUCAUCUUCGUUCUUGGCUUAAAUCAUUCAUCCGAACUUGGUGUGUCUGUGUUUCCUACAUUUUAGACAUUAGAUCUUUCCUUCUAGGUGAUGUUAAUCCUGGCUUAACUGAUGGAUCAGAUAACAGUUUAGUUCAAGUUCGUAACGAUGAAAACAAUCAACCUUAUAUUGUACCAAAAUAUUUCGCCCUAAGGAUCAUUUGUCUCCUUUUAUGUGUUGCUUUGUCACUUCUUUUUUCCGGCCUAUUUUUCCUUACUAUACCAGUCAUAAUUGGAAGACGUCUUUUCUCAGUUUGGUUGGGUGAAACAAGAGUUCAUGAAUUGAACACAGCAGCUUGUGGUCUAUACAUUGGACUUCUUCUAGCCCGAGCCUGUGCUGUCCUUUGUAAUUGGGUGCCUAGAGGUUGGAAUGCAAUCGCUCAUAAAAUAAGAGAAGGUUUUAUCAUUGCUUUUAAAGCUUUCGUCGCCGGGACUAUACUGUUGGGAAUUAUUCCUCUUCUUAUUGGACUUAUCUUUGAUGUUGUCAUUAUUAUUCCUAUCCGAGUGCCACUCAAUCAAUCUCCUAUCUUCUACUUAUGGCAAGAUUGGGCCUUUGGUAUUCUUCAUACUAAAGCAAUAUGUGGUCUUGCUAUGAUGGCUGAUUGGCGUCUCCGAGAGAUUCUUGAAGCUUUAUACCAAGGAGGCUUAAUGAAUAUCAAUUUACAAUACAUUAUGACAAGAUUGGCAAUACCAGUUAUUUUGAUCCUUGGUUCUAUUUUGUCUUUACCUUAUUUUAUCAUCUUUGGUAUUUUGCCGAUAUUUGGUGUCACCUUUGAAACGAGAAAUCUUUUCAUUCGCAGAAUCUAUCCUUUCCUUUUAAUUGCUUUGGUCUUGAUUUAUGUUAUCCAUUGGCAAAUCAACAAAUUUUGUAGGCUUUACGAGCAUAUCAAAAAUGAUAAAUAUCUGGUCGGAAAACGUUUGGUAAACUAUGAUCCAUCCAAAAAUAAGAAAAUAGGAGCAUCGUCAUCGUCCAACUCAUCCGCAGCUGUCAAUUAAUUUGAUUAUUCGCCCUGCUUAAUCAAAAGUUUAGUCUUACCCUUCAAUUUAACGAUUUGACCAUCGUUGAAAAGAAGACAACGGAUCCAUUAAAAGUGAAACAUAUUGUUGCUUUCUCAUCAGACAAAAACUUUGUAUUGUCAGGGUAUGAUUUUCGAUACCCUUUUUUAGAGAACGUUGUAAAUGGAGAAUGACCCAAGUCUCGGACGGAAUCCUGUAAACCUUCACCAUUUUGCCAUAAAAAACAAAUGACGAUUGUGAUCAACUAACAUAUAAGAAAAUCGUGAAUCAGAUUAAGCAUAAAAAUCUAAAAAAGCAAACAAUCAUUUCUGUUUAUGUUACAAAAUAAACAAAAAAAAUCAUGUUAGCUCACAAAGCACAAUUUAAGUCCAUUAGAAACAUAUAUCUUCAAUUCUGUCUGUAAAUAUGUGUAUAAAAACAUUUGAAAAAAAUUACUAUAAAGAUUAUCUUUAAACAAUA